AUGGAUGAUGACAAUGUCAGAGCUCCAUGUCUGUCACUGUUUGUGGGAAACUUAAAUCCUGAUUACUCCAAGGAGCUGCUGAGCUACAAACUGAAAGAUUUACUCACUACAGUUGACAUCGUCCUGCAACGACACGACAUAGAAGUCUUCAAGAAGCACAAGCGAGCCCAUGCAUUUAUACGGCUGAAAACAGACAGUGAAGUUCAAAAUGUCUUGAGGCAACUACAAGAUCCUGCCAUUUUGGAGCAAAACGAUAUGAAGGGGUUAGUAGUUAAAGGGAAAACAUUAAAAGUGGCCAAGGAUAUCCGUGAUUUUUCAGAAUACACCUUCGAUAAGAUAAUGGGCAGGAACUUACUUGUGCAUUUUGAUUAUUCCCAGAGCAGUUCUGCAGAUCCACUAAAACAGGAGUCCAACAGUCAACAACAAAAGGAUAAGAAGAGACCGGAUCAAACUCAGGAAACAUUAGGAGGGCCUGCAGGAAAAUCCAUCCAGCUGCCAAACAAAGUCAUUGACCACUUAACAACACCUCUGAUUGGGACAAAGUCAGACAGUGCCAUAAUUGGCGGGGAGAUCGCUGGACAGGAGCGGUUAUUUUACGGAGCGCUGAUGGGAAGUGAAACGAGGAACGUUGAAUUUAAGCGGGGGGGUGGAGAGUACCUGAACGUGACUCUUAAGAACCACGUUCGGAAAUACGUCUGUGCCUUUCUCAACAGCGAAGGGGGCAGUUUGUUUGUGGGCGUGAACGAUGACGGCACUGUGUGUGGAGUGGAAUGCAAUCACAAGGAUGAAGACCGGGUUAGACUACUGAUAGAUUCACUUCUGAAAGGCUUCAAACCACCACUCUUCCCAAAUUCCUACUCUAUCACCUUCCAUCCAGUUAUCAAGGAUGGAGAUAGCGGGAUGUUUCUGAAGGUUGUGAGAUUAACCGUCCAUCCUCCCAGUAAGGACGGUGAUAUUUUACUGUAUGAAACCGACCAAGGUGAAGUGUACAUACGCAGGGAUGGCAGUGUCCAAGGUCCACUAUCAGGAAGUUCCAUUCAGGAGUGGUGCAGACAGAAAUGGACAGCCGAAAUAAAGAAGCUUCAGGAUACAAUUGACACCUUGGUUAAGGAGGAACACCAUCUGCAGGAAGAGCUUCGCCAACAGCAGCAGUCCAUCCAGGAACUGCAGCAGCUGCAACAAGAGCUGCAGUCGAUGAACUCGGACAGGGUGGCCAUGUCAAAUCUCUGCUGCGUCAUCUGA